AUGUUGCAGCGCACUCUGCUGGACUUUGUGCAUAAAAAGGACCCUAACGCACUGCAAGAGGUUAUUGACGUGGAUGCGACAUCGGAUGAAGCGCUGGCAUCUGUGUCACGGAAGCGGCGAAUGGAUCAAGCGCAGGAGCUGGCCGCAGUUUGCAGCAAAACAAGGACAGAAAAUAACGAUGGCGUUUGUCGCGGCGAUGGCCUUUGCUCUCUUAUCAUAGAUCCCGGCUGGCGUGUUUUUUUGCAACCCCUCACAUCAGCCGAUAGUUUCCGCAACAUAGAUCAGUUCAUAGAAGGGGAGAGGGCAAAGGGUAAGGUCAUUUUCCCUUCGCGCGAGCUAAUUUUUUCUGCCUUCAACAGCACACCACUGGACAAGCUUAAGGUGGUAUUACUAGGGCAAGACCCAUAUCACAACCUUAAUCAAGCGCAUGGGUUGUGCUUUUCGGUACUCCCCGGUGUUCGCCCACCGCCGAGUUUGCUGAACAUGUUCAAGGAACUUACCACAGAUAUACCUGGAUUUAAGGCACCUCCACACGGCUACCUGCAACGCUGGGCAGAGCAAGGCGUGUUAAUGCUCAACGCGACGCUCACUGUAGAGGCACACAAGGCGAACUCUCAUGCAAGGUGUGGUUGGCAGGCCUUCACCGAUGGCGUUAUUCGUUUGCUUUCCGAGAAGCACAACCGAUCAAUUGUGUUUCUCCUUUGGGGUGGUUUUGCACGGAAAAAGAUUGCAUUGAUUGACCGGAAGCGGCAUCUUGUUAUUGAAAACGCCCAUCCGUCUCCGCUUAGUGCAGCGAAAUGGUGGGGUUGUCGACCCUUUUCGAAGUGCAAUGCAGCCCUGGCGCAGCUGGGGCAUUCCCCCAUCGACUGGAACCUUCCCAUGGUGGUGGACAGGCGGGUUUAG